UUCAGUUUGUGGACACAGAGGCAGACCACCAUUUUCAGUGACGAUACUCUACCCCCUUUGGUUUCCUUGGCAAAGAUUAAAUCUGUUGCAUCAUUGUAACUCAUGUUUGGGUGUAGUUGCCAAUGCUUUGCUUAAAAGGCAAAACCACCAAACUCAACCAUUACACCAAACCUUGGACAUCUUGAAUUGAGAAAUUAGCCUUUUUUUUUUCUUUUUAAUACAAAUAUCUGAAGAAGUCAAGAAAACAAGAUUUUCCUCAGAAGUCUGCUUCUGAUUAUAUUCUUUAUUAUUAGAAGCAAAAUGAGAAGUUUUGUAGUAUUUUCGGUUAUACCCUAAGGUAUAACUAAAAAAAAAAAAAUUUGCACAAAUCUAUUAAGAAAAUUCAUCUUUGCAAACUAAGAUUUUCUAAGGGGGCCAUAUUUGUAUACAUUACCCCUUUCUCUUCAAAUUAGCAACUGAGUACAACAUGCCCAUUGCAGAUUUAAUUAUUUAAAACACCAGUGUAGCCAUGGAAAACCUACAGUCAAGUUUUUCCUUAGUUCAGGGUUCAAAUAAAAAACUGAAUGGAAUGGAGGAUGAUGGCAGCCCUCCUUUGAAGAAAAUGAUGACAGACAUUCAUGCCAAUGGAAAAACGCUGACCAAGGUGAAGAAGGAACAUUUGGACGACUAUGGAGAUGCAUCAGUGGAGUCAGAUGGAGAGCAUGCUAAGCGAAACUGUACUUCCAUCCCUGAAACUUUAAAUUUAAACCCCAGCCUGAAACACACACUGGCACAAUUCCAUUUAAGUAGCCAGAGUUCUUUGGGUGGGCCAGCAGCAUUUUCUGCCCGAUACUCCCAAGAAAGCAUGUCACCGACUGUAUUCUUGCCUCUUCCAUCUCCUCAGGUUCUUCCCGGCCCUCUUCUCAUUCCUUCUGAUAGCUCCACAGAGCUCACGCAGACUGUUUUGGAAGGGGAGUCUAUUUCUUGUUUUCAAGUUGGAGGAGAAAAGAGACUCUGUUUGCCCCAAGUCUUAAAUUCUGUUCUCCGAGAAUUUUCACUCCAGCAAAUAAACACAGUGUGUGAUGAGCUAUACAUAUAUUGUUCAAGGUGUACUUCAGACCAGCUUCAUAUCUUAAAGGUCCUAGGAAUACUUCCGUUUAAUGCUCCAUCCUGUGGGUUGAUCACAUUGACUGAUGCCCAGAGACUCUGUAAUGCUCUACUGCGGCCUCGGACUUUUCCUCAAAAUGGUAGCAUACUUCCUGCUAAGAACUCAUUGGCCCAGUUAAAGGAAACUGGCAGUGCCUUUGAAGUAGAACAUGAAUGCUUGGGCAAAUGUCAGGGUCUCUUUGCACCUCAGUUUUAUGUUCAGCCUGAUGCUCCUUGUAUCCAGUGUCUGGAGUGUUGUGGAAUGUUUGCACCCCAGACAUUUGUCAUGCAUUCUCACAGAUCACCUGACAAAAGAACUUGCCACUGGGGCUUUGAAUCAGCCAAGUGGCACUGUUACCUUCAUGUGAACCAAAAAUACCUAGGAACACCUGAAGAAAAGAAACUGAAGAUAAUUUUAGAAGAAAUGAAAGAGAAGUUUAGCAUGAGAAAUGGAAAGAGAACCCAGUCAAAGGCAAAUGCACCAUCAGGAAUGGAAUUGCCAUCCUGGUAUCCUGUUAUAAAACAGGAAGGGGAACAUGUUUCUCAAACGCAUUCAUUUUUACACCCCAGCUACUAUUUGUACAUGUGUGAUAAAGUGGUUGCACCGAAUGUGUCACUCACAUCUGCUGUAUCCCAGUCUAAAGAGGUCACCAAGACAGAGACAAGUAAGUUCAUCUCCAAACAGUCAGAAAAGCCUCACGGUAGUAGUAAACAUCAAAAAACAGUGUCUUACCCAGACGUCUCACUUGAGGAACAGGAGAAAAUGGAUUUAAAAACAAGUAGAGAAUUAUACAGUCGUUUAGAUCCAUUGAUCUCAAAUAAUUCUAUGACUAAAAAGAAAUCUGAGUCUACUGUUGGCAACUUGGUGAGAGACAUAAGCAAGCAUGAUGCUGAAGCUUCCUCUCCAUUUCUGGUCAGAGAUGUUACAUGUGAGGAUGAUAAGGGAAGGAUUAUGGAAGAAGUGAUGAGAACUUAUGUAAAACAGCAGGAGAAGCUGAAUUCAAUUCUGCAGAAGAAGCAACAGCUUCAGAUGGAAGUGGAGAUGUUGAGCAGCUCUAAGGCAAUGAAGGAGCUCACUGAGGAGCAGCAGAAUCUGCAGAGAGAGCUCGAGUCACUGCAGAGCGAGCAUGCUCAGAGGAUGGAGGAGUUCUAUGUGGAGCAGAGAGACUUGGAAAAGAAGCUGGAGCAGGUGAUGGAGCAGAAGUGCACCUGCGACUCACAUCUAGAGAAGGACAAAGAGGCUGAGUAUGCGGCCCAGUUGGCAGAAUUGAGGCAAAGACUAGACCAUGCUGAGGCGGACAGGCAAGAACUCCAAGAUGAACUCAGACAGGAACGGGAGGCAAGACAGAAGUUAGAGAUGAUGAUAAAAGAGCUAAAGUUGCAGAUUGUGAAAUCAUCAAAGACCACCAAGGAAUAGGAGCCGAAGAGAUGGAUCUGUGUUUGGUUGACAGGGAUUUAUGUUUGUCACUUACUUUGGAAAUUGAAUUCUGUCAUCUUGCCAUAUCUGCAUGAAGAUAACAAGACAUUCUGUUCAUUUGCAGGGCAGCAAAGUGAAAAGAUUACAUAUUAGUACAUAAAUAUUUCCACUUUCCAAAUGAGUGAAAAUGGAUGCUUUUUUGUACUUUCUGCAGUUAGCUUGGUAAUGAUAACCCAUGUAAUUUCAACCUGUAGACACCUAUCUGUAUUUUUAAGGCAAGCCUAACAGUUACAUCCUUUUCAAAGCUGUAGUACGUGGUAGAAAAUUGCUGUGUCGAUUUUUGUUAUGCAUAUUUUAGGCCCUGUUUUGAUACAGUGCUGAUAUUUAUGAUACAGAGCUCCUCAACCCUGUAUCGUCCUUCUCAUUACAGGAUAUGUUAUUACGAAAUCUCCUUUUUUCCCCUCCCUCCCUUGUUUUUUUUUUUGUUUUUUUUUUGUUUUUUUUUUGUUUUUUGUUUUUUGAAAUAGGGUUUCUCUGUGUAGCCCUGGCUUUCCUGGCACUCACUCUGUAGACCAAACUGGCCUCAAACUCAGAUCCACCUGCCUCUGCCUCCCAAGUGCUGGGAUUAAAGGCAUGCACCGCCACCGCCCAGCUGAAUCUUCUCAUUUUUAUAUAACACACCUGUUUUUAUUUUGUUCAGGUUGUGGAGUGUUUUGCUAAUGGAAUGAUGGUACCACCACCCCAACAUGCAGUGGCGGGGAGUGCACUUUGCUGUGCCCCGAUGCCGCACACAAGAAGCAGCUGCCAUUUGUCUUUCAGUCAAGAGUGGCUAUAACUAGAUAUGUGUGUACGAUUUCAGAAAGUUAAAAUUAUUUCUGAACUUCUGUUAAUAGUGGUGCGAAAUCUUCAUGAGUAAAAUGGACUCCACUGAUGUACAUUGGUUCUUAUGUAAUUCAUAACCCUCCUGUACAGUUUUUGUAUGUAGUCUUAUAAAGGUCUUACUGAAAUUUAUAAUGGAUUUUUUUCUUUUAAAUUAUAAAAUAUUAAAUAUCUUGAAGGUUAUUUUGAACUUUUAUAUGUUUAAACGUUAUCUUAAAACUUGCACGAAUGGACCAUUAUGACUCUUUAAUCUUGAAAUCAGGAAUUUACAGUCAGCUAAUAAUAUCUGAUAGGUUACUAAUCCACAAUUAAAGUAUCUGCUACUAGCAGGAAUUUUAGAUAAUUUUUAGAUGACAAAUGAAUUCCAUGAUUUGGGGAAGGGCAGCCUCUGCACUUUUGUUUUUAUUUUGUUUUUGCACAUUAAAGUCUGACAUUUUU